AUGAAACGCCAAAAUAUUCGUACGCUGUCGCUAAUUGUUUGUACUUUAACAUAUUUAGUUAUUGGUGCUGCUGUUUUUGAUGCAUUGGAAUCCGAUAACGAAAUGCAACAGAGAGCAUUAGUAUUAAAAGUGAAGACAAGUUUAAUCGAUAAGUAUAAUAUCAGUAAUGCUGAUUAUCAAGUGCUGGAAGCAACAAUUAUCAAAUCAGUGCCUCAUCGUGCUGGUCAUCAGUGGAAAUUUAGUGGUGCCUUCUAUUUUGCUACCACUGUUAUCACUACCAUUGCAAUGCUUCUACGUGUAUCUAAACGCUUGGCCGGAAAACCGGAUGACGUAACUCAUUUGGAUUUGAUCCUCGUGGCUUCAGGCUGUGGUACAUUCCUCAUUGCUUCAGGAGCUUAUGUCUUUCAAAGUUAUGAAAAAUGGACAUAUUUUGAUAGUUUAUAUUACUGUUUCGUCACUCUUACGACUAUCGGCUUUGGUGAUUAUGUAGCAUUACAAAAUAACAGUGCCUUACAAAAAUCACCGGAAUAUGUGACAUUUGCGCUUAUCUUUAUCAUGUUCGGUUUGACAGUUGUCUCAGCAGCAAUGAAUUUAUUGGUGUUACGAUUUUUAACAAUGAAUACCGCGGAUGAAAAACGCGAUAAACAAGAAGCACAACUUGCUGCCCGAGGU